CGCCGCUCAAACCCUAGCAUCUCCAACUCCAGCCGCCGCCACACACUCCCCACAGCCAAUCCUCCCCAGCCCAAGCUCGCAGCCAUGCCUCCCAAGCUCGACCCGUCCCAGAUCGUGGAGGUGUAUGUCCGCGUCACCGGCGGGGAGGUCGGCGCUGCGUCGUCCCUGGCCCCCAAGAUCGGCCCGCUCGGUCUCUCCCCAAAGAAGAUCGGAGAAGACAUCGCCAAGGAGACGGCCAAGGACUGGAAGGGCCUCCGCGUCACCGUCAAGCUCACCGUGCAGAAUCGCCAGGCCAAGGUGUCCGUCGUCCCCUCCGCCGCAGCCCUCGUCAUCAAGGCGCUCAAGGAGCCCGAGAGGGACCGCAAGAAGGUCAAGAACAUCAAGCACAGCGGCAACAUCAGCCUCGACGACGUCAUCGAGAUCGCCAAGAUCAUGAAGGUCCGCUCCAUGGCCAAGGAGAUGGCCGGCACCGUCAAGGAGAUCCUUGGCACCUGCGUCAGCGUCGGCUGCACCGUCGACGGCAAGGACCCCAAGGAUCUGCAGACGGAGAUCGACGACGGCGAGGUGGAGAUCCCCGCUUAAGAAGGCUUGGCUUUGGGCAGGUUGUUAUGUGAGGCUGCUGAAGUAGUUUCUCCUAUCUAGAUGCUUCCUGAUGCAGUUGAGAGAAUGGAUGUGAUAUCUUCACUUGUUCUACUCGUGCUGAAGAAGAAACUUUUGUCAUGCUUUAGUGGUUCCAUUGUGAGACUAUUUUUUACUGGUUUAAUGAGUACCUUGCGGAAUCAAUCAAUGUUAUUAUGGCAGCUAGAAUAUCAUAUGUUGAGUUUUGUCA